AUGAAACAUAUAAUUAGUUAUUUAUUUUUAAUUAUUUUAAUAUGUUUUACUACACCUUCUAAAUCCGAUGUACUAUUAAAUGUUCAAGUUAGUAACUAUGGAAACAAUUGUACAAACUUUGGUCCAGCUAUUGAGAUGUUGUGUGGUGUAUCCGCUCAAAACAGUUCUGAAGCAACUCUCUUAACACUUACAAUUUUGGGAAGUACUCGUGCUGUACAACCAAAUGAUCCUCCUCCAAUUACUAAACUAUACUUCCCAGAUAUGGUCUCCAUUAUCUUCCAAAAAACAACCAUGAUGAUGAAUCAAUCAUUGAACGUCUUAUCCUUCCUAGACAGUCCAGUAAACAGUAAAUUAAAAAGCAUUAGUACUUAUAUAAAUGGAAUAACACCAGGAUUUCCAAAAAAUAUACUAAAGACCUUAAAAACACUUACAUUAGAUACAAAUUCAACUCUUGCUUUUGUUGCAGGCGAUAUAUAUCCAAAUUUACAGAUUUUAUCAAUAUGUUUGACAGAUUUAGGUACUUUAUUCACUUUUACUCAAGAAUCAUUCCCAAAUUUAAAACAAAUGUUUGUUGUCAUAUAUAUAAUUUUAGUUUUAUCAAUGUUAUUAAUUAUAUUUGAUAUAAAUAGAUAUAUCCAUUGCUCAUAUGUUUCGGAUCGAUCCAUCAGAUUUGAUUCCAAUAAUAUUUCGAUUAUCUCUGUAACAGACACCACAAAUAAUAACAAUGGAUAUGAGUUAUUGAGAGGUUCUCUCCUAACUAAAUUAGAAGUGAGAAACAGUAUUUUGAAUACCACCAAUCUUUUGAAUUCACCACUUGAAUCAUUUGAUUUGAGUAAAAAUAAUUUAGUUCCACCCAUUCCGGAUUAUAGUAGUAUCUCACCAAAUCUUGUUUUAACAAACAAUCUGGGAAUAUCAGGUGCACUUCCAGAUUUCCUAUGUUCAUACCGGGGAUUAAACUUUAUUAACACCUCUAUAACAUCUGUGCCAGAUUGUGUUUCUUGCAGUUGGGACACAAUGAAGAAUAGCUUCCCACUAUCUGUUGCACCAGCAUUGCCAUAUACUUGCAAUGCAUUAAUUGACAAGACAUCAUUUAUACUCAAGACUCCACAACAAUAUAUUGAUAUAACAGGAAAAAAUCUUGGAUUCGAUAUUUCUAAUCCUAAAGUGGAAGUAGUUGUUCCAAAUUCUUUGUUUAGUUUAACAAGAAAUAUAUCAUGGGCAGUAGAUCUGUCAACAUAUACUGUUGUGGAGAUGAAUGGUGUAUUUGAUUCCACAAUGGCCUAUUCAGCAAAAGUUAAUAAUACUGAUUGCAAAAUAAUAUUAAAAUCUGAUCAACUUUUAAAGUGUAACCUUUCAAGUUAUUUAAAUGAUGGAUUAGUUAGUAUUAGCUUGGAGAAUCAAAUUCAGGUAAUUCAACUAUCACAACAAUAUACUCAAGAAUAUCCGAUAUUAUCAUCAUGGUCACCAAUCGAUACAAAUGGAGGAUACUUGAUAUUGAGUGGAUUCUUUGGAACUAAAGAUACAAAUAACCAAGUUAAAUUAAACAACGAACAAUGUAGUAUCAAUUCAAAGAAUGAAACAACCAUUGUUUGUUAUUUACAAGAAGGAAUAGCAUCAGGAUAUCAAAAAUUGGUCAUCUUUAUUGAUCUCAAAUCAUACGAAACAACUAUCAAAGUUGAUAAUGCUGUUGUGCCAAAUGAUUGUGGUAGAGAUGAUAAGUGUAAUGGUAAUGGUGUUUGUGUUUCAGAAAAAUGUAAAUGUAGUGAUGGAUUUGGUGGAUUUUAUUGUGAGAACACAAUUGCAAAUAGUACAAUCGUUAAGAAUGAAACAACUCCAGUAGUUUCUGUAGUAAGUAAUGAUGUACAAUUCGAUUUUAAUUUUUAUGCAAUUCAAGAGAUUGACAGCACCGACAAUAUAGUUAGCGAGUUAAAUAUCACCAGUUGGAAUUUUAAGAAUGAUACAGAUGGCGAUAUCACCAACUUUUAUUACCACCUCAAUGUAUCAUCACCAGAGGUAAUAACAUUGAUACAACACUCGCCUAAAGAGAGAACUGUAGAGUUUGCUGGAAUCACUUCAUAUCUCCCGCCAAACUCAUUAAAAGUAUCUAUUACGAUCAAUGGAUGGCAAUUCCAAUCCAAUCUCAACAAUCUCAGAGUUCUUUUUAACACCAAGAUAGAAGAUCAAGUAGAUAAAUGUGGUGACCAGUUGGAUAGUUUUGGAAAAGAUACAAACGACGAUCUAAAAUAUAUUAGAAUAGUUAAAGAUAACAGUGUAUUCUAUGGUUCUUUUAUUGAUAGAAUCAUGUCAGAUGGCAAACCAACAUCAACAAGAAAUCAAGUUAUCAGUACCAACAAAGAGACAGGAACGACACUUAUAGGAAUUCAAGUACCACAAUGCUAUAACUGUAUUAUAGAUCCCAACUUUUCAGUUUUAUUGCAAAGUGAACCUGAAUGCAAUGAUGGUGGUAUCUCCAAACAAACCAUAAUAAUUGUUGCAACAGUAGUUGGUGGAGCUGUCUUACUAAGUUUAUUGAUGCUAUUGGGUAUCUACCUAAAGAAGAAAAGAGGUCGUGUAUACAAUCUCUUCACUGCAUCGAAUAUAUUAGGACAAUCAUUUUUAACCAACAACAACACCACUGCCACACCCAACAUCCCAUGCUCGGCUACUAUCACCAACAACAAUGUUCAACAAUCAAACAACAACAAACAGAAAAAAACCAAUCAAAAGAGUAUUCACUCUACAUUUAGUAAACUUAGACACAAAUGGCCUAUCAAGUUAGAGGGUAAAAAGAUGGCUGAUUACAUUUUACAAGGUAUAGAAAAAGAAACAACAACUUUUAAGAAUGAAACAGGUGUAACACCACAUUUGGUUGUCAUUUAUGUGGGUGAGAAUACACAAAUCGAAUCAUACAUCAAACAAAAGAAGGAUUCAUGCGAGAAAGUUGGUUUCAAGUUCACAUUAGAUCGAUUCUCUUCAAACAUACAACCAGCUCAAUUGAUGAAGAAGAUAGAGUAUCAUUCUGCCGAUGAGAAUGUCUCUGGUAUCAUCGUACAACUUCCUCUACCCGGACAUCUGAAUGCACACACAAUCAUUCAAUCGAUUAACCCACUUAAAGAUGUAGAUGGUUUGAAUUCCUUAAAUAUGGCUCAAAUAUUCCUUGGUAAAAAAGCGAUAUUCUUACCAUGUACACCAGAUGGAAUAUUAGAGUUACUUAAACAAUAUAAUUUCAAGAUUGAGGGAGCGAAUGUCGUUGUCGUAGGAAGAAGUAAUUUAGUUGGUAGAACCAUUGCAACACUACUAUCACAAAAGAAUCUGAACCAUCCAUCGAUUCAAGGAGGUGCAUCAGUUACUCUACUACAUCGUUUCUCAAAAGAUAUAAGACAACAUCUUAAGAAUGCAGAUUUAAUUAUUAGUGCAACAGGUUGUUCAGGAUUGAUCAAGAAAGACGAUAUCAAAGAAGGUGUUGUGUUGAUUGAUGUUGGUAUUAGCUAUGUCGAUGACCCAACAAAGAAAAAGGGAUAUAGAAUGGUUGGUGAUGUACAUCCCGAUGCCUAUAGCAAGGCGAUGGCUUUCACUCCAGUUCCAGGAGGUCUCAACUAA